GUUGGCGAUAAGGUGAUGGUCCUGGCUAGGUCAGGGCUCUGGCAAGAAGUUGUGAAUGUGCCAGCCAGUCAGACUUUCCUGAUGCCUGAGGGAAUGAGCUUUGAGGAAGCAGCUGCUCUUCUUGUCAACUACAUCACUGCCUACAUGAUCCUGUUUGACUUUGGAAACUUGAGACCCAACCAGAGUGUCCUUAUCCACAUGGCUGCAGGUGGUGUGGGAACUGCUGCCAUCCAGCUGUGCAAGACUGUAGAAAAUGUCACCAUUUUUGGGACAGCAUCUGCCUCCAAGCAUGAUUCACUCAGGGAGAGUGGAGUCGCUCACCCCAUUGACUACAGAACAAUGGAUUACGCAGAAGAGGUCCGGAAAAUCUCUCCCAAAGGUGUUGACAUUGUCCUGGACCCUCUGGGAGGAUCCGAUACAACCAAAGCGUUCAACCUAUUGAAGCCGAUGGGCAAACUCAUCACUUAUGGUGUAGCAAACCUGCUCACUGGGCAGAAGAAGAACCUCAUGGCUAUGGCUAAAACCUGGUGGAACCAGUUCAGCAUCAAUGCCUUGCAGCUCCUACACCAUAACAAGGCUGUGUGUGGCUACCACCUUGGAUACAUGGAUGAGGAGUUCGAGCUUGUCGGAGGUGUUGUAGCCAAGCUGGUUAACCUUUACAGUCAAGGCAAAAUCAAGCCCAAAAUAGACUCUGUAUGGCCCUUUGAUCAGGUGGCAGAUGCCAUGAGACAGAUGCAGGAGAAGAAGAAUGUUGGAAAAGUCAUCCUGGUUCCUGAAGCACCCAAGGAAGAAUCCAAAAAAGAAGAGAACUAAGAAGAGAUGUGUGCAGAUCAUGAAUUCGUGGUUUAACUCCCUGAUCAAUUUGGAAAUUGGAAAUGGACAGAUCAGUAGCUUCCAUCUUCACCAAUACAAAACCAUCGUGAUUAAAGUUCGGAUGAGGUUUGCAUGCUCUCGUUGUGACUGACCAUUUGC